ACUCUGCUGAGCAGGGACAUCAGUUGCACAGCAGCCUUUGAAGCACACACAUUGCCAAGCCAAGUUCCGCUCAAGAAAUAUCAAAUCCAUUCAUCAUGGCCACCUACACUUGCACACAGUUCGUGAACUUCAUGGAGCCCAUCAGCUGUGGCACUGUGAGCACCACAUAUACCCUGAAUGCGGCGCGCUUCGGUCAGCGUGAUCUCAGCCUGUUCAUCGAGAGCCUGGAGACAAUUGCACGCAUCGAGCGGGAGCGGCACGAGCGACGUCAGAGUCGACGCAAGCAGAAGCUGCUGGAGGAGCGCAUUGCUGAGCUGGAGGAUGAGCGUUGUGUCAGUCCGACGCCCAGCGCAGAGGAGGCGGUCGAUGAGCCCGUCAUGUACAUGGAGGCCAAAUGUAUACCGUAUGCCAUCAGUGAAUCCCUGCCCGUUGCUGAGAAGAACCACCCAGAUUACGAUAUCUGCGAUGAUGAGGCCUAUGGCAGUGCGAGUCAAUCGCCUCGUAGCAGCGUCACCUACUGCAGCUGUGCUGGCGUCUCCAACACUGGCUUGGACUCCGAUUCCGCCGAGUCGGGCAUCUAUGGUGGCUCGACACCGCCACCACUGCGACCCCGCUCCCAGGUCAUCAGCAAACCAAAGGCCAGGACCACAAGAUCACGCAUCAUUAGCAUGGUGCUCAAGCGGGAAUACGCCAAGUCGCCGUCGGUGGAAACUCUACAGCACUCUGAGCGCUGUGAACACCUGCUCAACAGCACCAUCAAGCAUCAGUAUGAUCAAAUGUCAUCAAAGUCGCGACGUGGCAUCGCCUGCAGCCAGGGAUCGGCCGAGGAGCGUUUUCUGGACAAAGCCUUGCGCUAUCUGACCCUGUGAUGGGCACUGCGCGAAGUGCCUUCAGCUUUAAGACAUAGUUUGUAGGAUAAUCGAAAAUUAUACAUAGUCUAUAAUUUGUUUGUAAAACAUAUUGAC